AUGAUUUGGUGUUGGCGUCCGAACAGAGUCGUUGAGAAGGAGCCGUUAGUUACCGACUACAGCUGUUGUUUUUGUUGGGGCUGCGGUACUGCAAAAGGUGGCUUCAAAUUCAUCACCAUUCUCAAUGCCAGCGUUUUCUUGUUCGUUGCAUUGUUUACUCUUCUGGGGAUUGUUGUCAGUGGACCGCAAGGGUUUUUGUCGGUAGAGUUCGUCAGUUUGAUCGUUUUUGCCUGUUUCUUGUUUCUCUGGUUGUUCCCAUCGAUUCAAGCGCUGAGAACCGAGAAACCCGUUUAUGCACAAGUGGUCUUGAUCCUGAGUUUGAUCGCCAUCAGUCUGUCGCUAGUCCUUUUUGUGUUAAAUAUCGUGGCUGCAUUGAUAUACCUCAACCAUGUCUUGAAUGAGGAAACAGCAACCAUUUAUUUUUCACGUGAUUUUUCACAGCUUUGGAUCAAACUAGCUAUUAGCGGUCCGGGGAAUAUUUGGUUUCUGUUUCUUGUUUACUCAUUUUAUGCAUAUCUCAGAGAUCGCCAAUUGUGGAAAGAGGGACGGGACCAACCGAUGAAAAAAAGUCAAUUAGAAGAAAGCGCACCGAUUUGCGAGUGUGGCUUCACCUUCAUCACCAUUCUCAAUGCCAGCAUUUUCUUGUUCGUUGCAUUGUUUACUCUUCCGGUGAUUGUUGCCAGUGGACCGCAAGUCGUUUACGUCAGUUUGAUCUUUUUUGCCUGUUUCUUUCUCUGGUUGUUCCAAUCGAUUCAAGCGCUGAGAACCGAGAAACCCGUUUAUGCACAAGUGGUCUGGAUCCUGAAUUUGAUCGCCAUCAGUCUGUCGCUAGUGUUAGAUAUCGUGGCUGCAUUGAGAUACCUCAACCAUGUCUUGAAUGAGGAAACAGCAACCAUUUAUUUUUCAGCGCUUUUGAUCGAACUCGCUAUUGACGUUCCGUGGAAUAUUUGGGCUCUGUUUCUUGUUUACUCAUUUUAUUCAUAUCUCAGAGAUCGCCAAUUGUGGAAAGAGGGACGGGGCCAACCGAUGAAAAAAAGUCAAUUAGAAGAAAGCGCACCGAUUUGCGAGGUU